AGGAAAGGAGGCGUGGGGCUGGCCAGCCAGCCUCUGCUGGGCUCUCCUGAGCCUGCAGAUCCCCCAGGCAGCCUGGAGGGCUGCCCCGAAGAUGGGCACCAGAGCAAUGGUCAUGCCCCACCCUGUAUGGGGGCUGCUGGGCUGCUGUUUCUUCUGCAGCUGGGCUCGGGGGGAUCCACGGCCCCUCCGCUCUCUGCCACCACUGUCCUCCCAAGUCAAACUGGGGUCCGUGCCUAUGUGGGUACCCCCAGAGGUGGCCGAAGCAGCCUUGGCUUUUCUCUACUCUGGAGAUGCCCAACAGCUGUCAGGGGCUAAUUGCACUGAGCGCUACGAAGCCCACAGCGCAGGAGCCAGGCCAGGGCUGCCCCCUGUCCUGUGGCGGGCGGCGGGCACCCUUGCCCAGGCCGCCAACUUCCUCAACAUGCUGCUACAAGCCAACGACAUCCGGGAGUCCAGCGUGGAGGAGGAUGUGGAGUGGUACCAGGCACUGGUCCGCAGCAUGGCUGAAGGGGACCCAAGGGCAUAUCGUGCUUUCCUGACUUUUAGCCCUCCACCAGGGGCCAGCCACUUGCAGCUGGCCCUUCAGGCCACCCGGAGAGGGGAGGAGACCAUCCUUCAGGACUUGUCUGGAAGCAGGGUGCAGGUGGAGAGCCCAACCGGGGCCCCAGACACCUCUGCCCUGCAGAAGCGGGUGCUGACCAAUGACCUAGGGAGCCUCGGCAGCCCCAAGUGGCCACAGGCGGACGGCUAUGUGGGAGACAUGCAGCACGUGAAGCCAUCCCCUCCCUUCCUGGAAUGCCAGGAUGGCCGGCUCCGUCCUGGCUGGCUUAUCACACUUUCUGCCACCUUCUAUGGACUCAAGCCAGACCUCAGCCCAGAGGUCAGGGGGCAGGUGCAGAUGGACAUCGAUCUUCAGAGCGUGGACAUCAAUCAGUGCGCCAGUGGGCCGGGUUGGUACUCUAACACACACCUGUGUGAUCUCAACAGCACCCAGUGUGUCCCCCUGGAGAGUCAGGGUUUUGUCCUUGGCCACUACCUGUGCCGCUGCCGACCUGGUUUCUACGGGGCAAGCCACUCCGGGGGGUUAGAAGAGAGUGCCACCCAGCCUACUGGGCAAUUCGGGUCCCCGCAAGGCAGCUCUGGGAGGCUGCUGCGGUGCCAGCCAUGUGCCGAGGGCUGCACCAGCUGCGUGGAUGCCUCGCCAUGCCUGGUGGAGGCGGCUCUGGCGCUGCGGGCAGCCGUGCUGGCCUGCCAGGCCUGCUGCAUGUUGGCCGUCUUCCUGAGCAUGCUGGCCUCCUAUCGCUGCCGCCGGAGCAAGAGGAUCCGAGCCUCUGGAGUUGUCCUGCUGGAAACCAUCCUUUUUGGAUCCCUGCUUCUCUACUUCCCUGUGUUCAUCCUGUACUUCAAGCCCAGUGUUUUCCGCUGCAUCGUUCUCCGUUGGGUCCGGUUGCUGGGGUUUGCCACUGUCUACGGCACCAUUAUACUCAAGCUUUAUAGAGUGCUCCAGCUAUUUCUGUCCCGAACGGCCCAGCGGGGCCCCCACCUGAGCAACGAGCGGCUGCUGCGGCGUCUAGGGCUGCUCCUGCUGCUAGUGCUGGGCUUCCUGGCCAUGUGGACGGUGGGGGCCCUGGAACAAGGCAUCCACACGCCCCUGGUGACCCGAGGCCACACUCUCGCGGGCCGUCACUUCUACCUCUGCCACCACGACCGCUGGGACUACAUCAUGGUUGUGGCCGAGAUGCUGCUCCUGUGCUGGGGCAGCUUCCUCUGCUAUGCCACCCGGGCUGUACCCUCGGCCUUCCACGAGCCGCGCUACCUGGGCAUCGCCCUGCACAACGAGCUGCUGUUCUCUGCCGCCUUCCACGCAGCCAGGUUUGUGCUGGUUCCCUCCCUGCACCCAGACUGGACCCUGCUCCUCUUCUUCUUCCACACCCACAGCACAGUCACCACCACACUGGCUCUGAUCUUCAUUCCUAAGUUCCAGAAGCCAGGGGCUCCUUCCCGAGAGGAGAUUGUGGAUGAAGUGUAUGAGGACGAGCUGGACCUGCAGCGGUCAGCGUCUUACCUGGACAGCAGCAUCGCCUCUGCGUGGAGCGAGCCCAGCCUGGACCCCGGAGACAUUCGGGAUGAGCUGAAGAAGCUCUACGCCCAGCUGGAGGUCCACAAGACCAAGGAGAUGGCUGCUAACAACCCGCACCUGCCCAAGAAGAGGGGCAGCUCACGCCAGGGCCUGGGCCGCUCCUUCAUCCGGUACCUGGCCGAGUUCCCGGAGGCCCUGGCCCACCAGCACUCCCGGGACUCGGGCUCCCCCAGCCUGGGCAGCCUGCCCGGCUCGCGCCACCGGCUGCUCAGCUGCAGCCUCCAGGACCCCGAGGGGCCCCCGGCCCUGCGCAAGUCCCGCAGCACCUACGACCAUGACCGCCACAGCCACCGCCGAGAGCAGGGCCCACCGCUCCUCGACUCGCUGCUGAGGAGGAAGCUGGCCAAGAAGGCCUCGCAGGAAAGUAAGGAGAGCCGCGAGUCGGCCGAGGGGCCCCCCGCCCUGGGCCUCAGGUCAGCCAGCGCCCACAACCUGACGGUGGGCGAGAGGCUCCCCAGGGCCCGGCCCACGUCCCUGCAGAAGUCACUCAGCGUGGUGGCGGGCUCCAGGGAAAAGGCCCUGCUCGUGGCCAGCCAGGCCUACCUGGAGGAGACCUAUCGGCAGGCGAAGGAGCGAGAGGAGAGGAAGAAGGCCGAGGCCGCCUCGGCCAGCCCAGUGAGGAGGCCGGAGCGAGCUCAACGGGUCCCCCUAUCAGCCCCACCUUCCCCUGCCAAGAGUCACAGCGUGGACAGCUCUCACACCGUCACUGCUACUGCCGCGAGGCUUCCAGAGGAGGCCGAGAAAAGGCUGCCUCACCCGCCCAUCCGGCACCAGGUCUCCACACCCAUCAUGGCCCUGUCCGGGGCCUGCUGUGGUGAGCAGAGGAUGCUAUCUCCCACGUCCACCUUGGCUCCAGCUCUGAUGCCAGCUCCCUCUCCGGCCCCAGCCCCAACCCAGCUCCCCACCCUGACACUGGUCCCUGUACCCCCUCAAAGCCCCAGCUUGCUCACCUUCAUCUGCCCCUGGGAGAAUGCAGAAUUGCCAGUCAAGAAAGGAAAUGUGGCUAAAGAGGGCUCCUCGGCGCCAGAGCAAGGCAUCCACCCCACCGCCCCAGCUCGGGGCAGGCUCUGGAGGGCCCUGUCGGUUGCACUUGAGAGAAAGGGGCUGGAGGAGAGUGGGAUGGCCACAGAGGAUGGACGUCUCCAAAGGGAAGCCAGUGAGGGGGACGAGGACAAGUCCAAGGUCUUCUCUAAAUCCCACAGCCUCAAGACUCCUGUUCAGCAGUGUUCCAUGUACAGCCUGGGCCUGGCUAUCAAAGCCCUGACCCGUUCCCGGAGCACUCACAGAGAGAAGGAGAGUGGGGAAGGGAGUCCUGAGCUGGAGGAGAAGGGCAGAGCCUUGGGAGAGGGGGUGGGGGCCUGCCCCAGAUCUCCCAGCCUAGGCCGGCCCAAGGCAGUGAGUAAGCAGGCCGCCCUCACACCCUGUGACUAUGAGGAGACCCUCCAGAACCAACAGAAUGCUCACACCAGCCGAAUGCUCCAAAUCUACCACCAGGAGGGCAGCAGCGAACAAGAAGACAGAGGCAGGGGGGCAUCCCAAGGUCUAGGGGAGGGAAAAGUAGAGACAGCAGAUAAAGCAGAGUCUGCUACACUGAGGCAAGCCAGGCAGGACACAGUCGGGGACAAAAAUGCUGAGCGAGCAAAAGAAGCCCCUGUGGGGUGGCGGGAAGCACCCAAAGCUGGCGUCCAGCCCGCGGGCAGUGCUGACUGCAGGGUGGCAGAGCUAUGCCCCAGGGAAGUCAUCCAGUUAGAAACGUGUCAGUCUGCCGGUAGCACCAAGGCCCAGAUCUGCCACUGGGAGGUGAGUGAAAGGGCCCCUGAGAAGGGGACACAACGACAAGAUCUAGAGGACUCUCAAGAGAAAAGGAGAGCAUCAGAAAGGUCAGGGCCCCCAAACUUGGCUGUUGCUGCUCGGAAAAAACCAGAGAGGCUGGUCAGGGGGCAGGAGGCAGUAUGUCCCUGGGAGGGUGCCGAUCCUGAGAGUCUGUGUCCUUGGUCAGCCUCUCAGGACUCAGGACUCAGGUCUGAGGCAGCGGGCAGGAGAGAAGUCAAAGAGGUGGGGAGGCCUCAGCAGGGAGCCCCCAGCCCGGGGGCUUGUUCUCCCGACCCUGCCAAGGCGGAGCUCUGUCCCUGGGAGGCAUGUGAAGGAGAGAAUGGAAAACCAUUCCAGGAGGGAGUGAAGCUUUCCCAGGAAACCCCCAAGAAAGCAACCUUUUGGAAAGAACAGAAACGGAGUGGAGACUUGGAGUCUUUUUGCUGGUGGGAAAGGACAGAUUUCCGGGGCCCCUUAGCAGUCUCUACUCCGGCCCCGGGAACCCCAGUGUGCUCCGGGAGUUUGGGCAGUAGCAUCUUGGAGGUGUGUCGUUGGGAGGAAGGCGAUCCUCCCAUCAGGAAGGCAGAGGUCUGUCCCCGGGAGCUGGGCGACGAGGUAGUGGGGAAGGAGAUGCUGAGUCAGGGGACAGGUGGAGAAUUUCUCCAGGAAAAGGGGAAAGCCUCUAGAAAAGGGCUCUUUGAAGAGAUGGGGGAACAAACUGGAAAAGCAGUGCAGAAAACUAGUCAAGAGCAGGAGUCAGUGUGUCCCCAAGAGAGCACAGCCCGUGGGCACCCCAGCCUAUGUCUAGAUAGUUCCUCGGCCAAAGCUAAGGGCCAGUUCCUUAGCAACGGAGGAAGCAGAGCAACGCAGGUCUGUCCACAGGAAGAUCCCAGGCCAGAGCUGACGGACGUAACACCUUCGAGGGCCAAGCUCAGUCCUUGGGAGGUAAAUGAACGAGUAAGAGAGGACUGGACGUCAGGACGGGCAGCAAAAGCAGGAGAAUCUCAAAAGGACAAGGAGAAAAUGCUGGGAACAUCAGGAAUCAAAGAUGACGUGGCAUGGGCAGAGCCUGAGGGACAGAUCCAAAAGCCAGAAGCAGUCUGUCCUUGGGAGAUUGUGAACCCUGGCAGCUUCUCCCCACAACCAGGUCCUCGAGACACAGACAGAGCCAAAGCCAACUUUCACAUGUCAGGCAGCGAGGGGAGCAAAACCGCCAAGAUCUGCCCAUGGGACAGGGAGGAAAGCAUGCGUGCCGAGAAGGCUGAGGUCUGUCCCUGGGAGGUGAGUGCGGGAACAGGGCAGGAAAGAGCUUUGGGAACUGAGGCCAUUAGGAAAUUUCCAAAUGACACAGGAAAGGCUUCUGCAGGUCGUGGACCCAGCGAGAUAGCUGUUACCGCUCCAAAGACGCUGGAGAGGCCGGCCUGGGAGCGGGAGGCGGCCUGUUCCUGGGAAAGCUUGGAUCCGGGGGGCUCCUCUCAGUAUUCAGACACUCUGGGCACUGACGGACCAAAAGCUGGGCUCCAGGAACAGGACCGUGCGGGGUGCAGGGCAGCUGAGGUCUGUCCCUGGGAAAUGCAGGAAGCAUCUCCCAGUGAGAAAGCCAAGAUCUGUCCCUGGGAGGUGAAUGAAGGAGCUACUGGGACAAGACUGGAACACGCGAGGGCGAGUGACUCAGCAGGGCAAGAGGAGAAAACUCUAGACAAGGGGAGACUCGCCUCCCUGGGAGAAGACAUAUCAAAGUGGGACACAAAACAGAGUCAAGAAGAGGAAGCUAUUUGUCCUUGGGAGAAGGACUUGAGGGAACCAUCUGCUCAGUGCCCCGAGGUCUCAGACUCAUCCCUCAGCACGAGGGGCAACGUGGCUGAGGGAUAUUCCUUGGAAGCGAGGGAUGAGGCAGUGGAGGAAGGGGACCUGAGAAAAGAUGCAAAGAUGGGCUCCCUCCCAGAAUGCAGAACCCCAGAAAAAGCCCCAUCUCCCAAAGCGGGAGAAUUCACUACUGAAGAUGGGGGCAAAGCAAGCAAAGAGCUACAAUCUAUCUGUCCACAGGAGGGCCCGGCCCCGGCAGGUGCCUUCUCCCACCCGGACGGUGGGUGCUGUGACCAGCCUAAAGCUGGCUCUCAGGACCUGGUCAGCAGUGGGGGCAGGCUCGCUGAGGUGUGCCCGUGGGGUGCUCUUAAACCAGACAGCAGCGCCAAAGCUGAGAUCUGCCCCUGGGAGGUGACUGGAAGGGUCUCUGAUGAAGGGACGGCAAGACAGGAUGGGAAAGGGACGUCUCAAGAGGAGAAGGGGAAAGCCCCAGGAAGACAAGAGCCCCAAGUUGUGGCAGUUCAGGAAAAGCCGGAGAGGGCAGAUGGGAAACAGGAGGCCGUGUGUCCCCAGGAGAGUCAGGGCUGUGGGGAUCUGCCUCCACAACCAGCCCCACAAACUUCUGACAGAGGCCAAGGCAGUUCUGAGGCAGCAGACAGUGUGGCGGCCAGGGCAGCAGAAAUGUGUCCGUGGGAAGCAGAAGAGUCUCCGUCUGCUAAAACAGCAGACAUCUGUCCUUGGGAGGUGAAGACAGAAGCUGCAGAGAAAGGGGGACUGGAACAAGAGGAGGACAGGAAAUCCCAAGGGCAAGGAGAGAGGAUCCCUCAGAAGGCAGCAUCUUGGGAAGGGACUGAAGAACACUUUUCAAAAGCAGCAGCGAAAGUCGGCAGGGAGCAGGAGACAGUCUGCUCAGGUUUGGGGGAUGCUCCAGACACUGACCAACCCCCAGUCAGUCCCCACGGAGCAAGCAGUAUGGCAGAGCUGUGUCGAUGGGAAAUCACAGAUCCAGAAGGCAAUAAAAUAAAGGGCACCAUGGCAGACAUCUGUGAUUGGGAGGGAACCGGAGUCCCAAUGGAGGAAUCUGGCCUUCUGGCUUCAACGGCAACUCGGACAGAAGUAUUUUUCCCCACAGUCCCUGAGAACCCACCAGGCCUUUCAGUCCACAGACCUCUGGGUCGCUUCCUUCCAGAGAGCAAAAGCCCCCGCCCUGGGGGGAGCAAGAAAGCAACCACUUUCACUCUAGAAGACGUCAGAGAACUCCAAGGAGCUUCAGGACACCGGCCAAGGACCAGCUCGGCCCCUGAGCCAAGUCUCCAAGGAGCUGAGGCUCAGGAGUCUUCCUCCUUAACUGAAGACAAAGAUGUCACUUCUAUAGCUCCCCAUGAACAAUUCUCCCCUCCGACUGUCUAUCCUUGGGACUGCGAGUAACAGGUCCGUCAGGGGAGGCCAAACACCUGGUGGCUGAUUUUCAAGAGCCAAAGUCCUUUCCAAGUCCCCCGUGUCCCCCAAGAGCUGAGUCAAAGACACUUGGCCACUUGCCCUCUCCAUGAAGGCCAGAAGUCAACUCAUUUCAGAAGACAAAUUGUACAAGAAAGAAGGGUGCACCUCAGACCCCAACAGCAAGUCUCACCCUCUCUUUACUUCCCACUCUUCUCCCUAAUCGAGGGAAGAGAGGCGAGGCCCUCUGCUUCGGACGAGCCGUCCCAUCGGGCUAGGGGACUCAACACAAGCUGCGUCUAACACUCACAAAGCCAACGUUUGGGAUGAAAGAAGUCGGCAGUGCCCAGUCCACAUUCUCUCAUACAGACCCGUUUUUUUGAGAAGAAACUAUAAACCAUGCAAGGCACUGGCAGCAUUAGGGUCUGAGGAAUGCUAUAAAAGGUCACCAUAGGAGCUUAAGAUGUCACUUAACUCAAGUUCAAAGAUAAAUCAGCGGAAAAACUUUUUUAAAGUUUAUUUAUUUUGAGAGAGACAGAGGGGAGGGAAGGGGGGUGAGAGAGGGAGAGAGAAUCCCAAGCAAGUUCUGCACCAUUAACAUCAGAGACGGGGAAAACUUAAAUGGCUCAAAUGAGGUACCCGAAAUGCCUUAAAGACAACCCCGUCAUUUUGACUUUGGAGCUCUAGUUUCUGCUGUAUUGAUCCUCACGCCUGCCCUGCUUGGCUGCUCAGGUAGAGCCGAUCGAGCCCUCUUGCUUCCUUAUCAGCAUCUGGCAUCCAAAGCAACACCAGACACGAGAGAGCAUAGGAGGAAAGGCAGCGGCUCCACGCCCUCCCCGCACCGGCCAAGGGCGAGCUCUCCCUUCCAGACACCCCCUCCGGUUUAAGGAGUGUGCCUCUUGCUUUUUCAAAUAGUUCCUCCCCACUUCUGCCCCAUCUCGUGCCAGUCUCCAAUUCACCUCACUGGCUCAUUCUCCUCCCAGCCCUUCAGAGCUGUCACCAAAGGGACCCCUGUCUGCUGUCAAUUCGACUGGAGGCAGGGGAAUUUCUGGCUCUAAUGUGAGCACUCCAAAUCGCUUGCUCAGUAACAAGAGGCCUACAUCAGCUGCCUCGCUGAGAGGCGAGAGGGAAGGUCCUGUUUGCAGUCAGCAGGAGAAUCAUCCUCAGAAAGAGUAGCGCUGCUGGGCAGGUUAGAGGCCCGAGGGCGGGGGAAGGGCACUGGGGAAACAAGGUUUUCUUCUCAGUGAGCUCAGUUCUAUCUUCUCUAGUCAGUUCAGGCUACCCUUGCUUAAGCAAUCUUAGACACCAGAGCAGAAGAAGAGGAUGUUAACCAGAGGGAAAUGAGGAAGGAGAAAAGCACUGGUCAGAGAAGGCCCAGCUUUGGCAGGGGUGAGGUGGGGGGAGGAAACAGGCAGACUAAACAUGACAGAGCUGGGCAGGGGCACUGAAGAUGGCAGUAAGUCCACCCUCUCGCUGCACAGGUACUGAUGCCAUUCCCAGGGAAGAAAAAGACUAAAUAAGACCAAAUACCCAACGGGGGGAAAAAAGGAGUCUGCAUAUAAAUAGUAUAGGCAGCUUCAGGACUUGCAGAAAAAGUAGCAAAAUGCUCCAUUUCCAAAAAGAAGGAAUGGAAAAACUCCGUCUUUCAGGGACCAGUUGCCCUUGUUCCCAUGUCUAGCCCCUCCCACUCACCUGGUCCCUUGGCCUGGGGUUUCAGAGGAGUGAAGUGUCGUGUUGCUCUGGGCUCCUGCUGGCUAACCUCACUGCUUCUAAGCCAAUGAGACUUUGGUAACCGCACAGCAGAACAGUCCCACUGUGCCCAGUUUAGCUGGGAACAGGAAAGUUAUUCCCGUCUUUCACUGCUAUGAAAUAAACCAGGGGGGAGAAAAGAAUAAAGAAUGCUUUCUCUUGACCACUGCAGUGGGUUCUAGCUUAUUCAUUACGGUGAUUUUUUCCCCCCAAUGUUCUUAGACAAGGACGUAAGUCGGUGAGAUAAGCAAGCCCAAGGUAACUGCGCUGCAGCUUUUGGGGCUUUGAGGGGGUCUGGCGAAUUCUCAGCCUGGAGCCAGCUCUGCGCUGGCACUGCAGAUGGUCUCUGCCUGGCCCUUCAAGCAAAUCCUUCACAUCUGGGCCAUUUGCUCAGCUGGAUUUGAUCCCAAGGGGAAAUGAAAAUUGCACUUAUCCUCUGGCUCCCUGGUGGCAGUUACCGCUUAGCUGCUAUUUAGGAUUAUCUGGAGGACGC